GUUACUGCAUUGUUUCAGCAACUGUGGACUGGCAGGCUGACUGGCCACAACACUACAUCUCAUACAGUCAAUUACAGGAUAAAACUAAGCAAACUGCGUAUAUUGGGAAAAAGGGAGCGGUAUCCUAUAGGAGUGUGAAUCGAGUGUGGGAGCAGGCAUUGGGUUCAAUUUUAUUAUUUUACAUAUUCUGCUUUGACUACCAAGAGUGAACCAUGAACAGCGAAGCAAAUGCCCGGCGCAUUGCCAUGGUGGAGUCCUGUUUUGGGACCUCAGGGCAAUCACUCAAUGAACCAGGACGUGUCUUAGUGGGAGAGGGCGUGCUUACCAAGAUGUGCCGAAAGAAGCCUAAACCGCGGCAGUUUUUCCUGUUUAACGAUAUUUUGGUAUAUGGCAAUAUUGUACUCAAUAAAAAGAAGUACAACAAGCAACAUAUAAUCCCUCUGGAGGAAGUUCAACUUUCUUCGUUGGAAGACGAUGGUCCCUUUCGGAACGGAUGGUUGAUAAAGACGCCAAUUAAAUCAUUUGCGGUGUAUGCUGCCACAGCCACGGAGAAAGCAGAGUGGAUGGCACAUAUUAACAAGUGUGUCACUGACCUACUACGCAAGAGUGGCAAGAAAGCGGCCGAGAAGCACGCUGCUGUGUGGGUGCCAGACAGUGAAACACAAGUGUGCAUGCACUGCAAGAAAACACAGUUCACGUUAAUAAACAGGAGGCAUCACUGCCGCAAGUGUGGGAAAGUUGUUUGUGGGCCGUGCUCCAGUAAGAAGGUGAUUCUCACUCACCAGUCGAACAAACCCCUCCGUGUGUGCCUUACCUGCCAUGAUGAAAUAUCUUCGUCGCAAUCACAGACUGGCAAUUCAACACCUGUUAAUUCAAUGGCAGGUAGGAUGGAUGACAUCUUCUCAGAACCAGCAUGUGAAGAAAGGGACAAAGAAUCUGGUGAUGAUGAUGAUGAUGAUGAGGAUGAUGAUAUGACCAUUGUCUUGAUGGAGGAACCAUUUGAAAACACAAACCCCAUGCCUCCACCUCGACGCCCAAGUCGUGGGCGCACCUUGGAGGAGGCUUCCGUGGGAGAGAGCAAGGAGGCUGACCUCAUUGAUAUAAAUUGUGAUCUGUUUGGGAAGCCCUCGGAGGAUCUAGACGACGAUGCUCCUCCUCCUACCCUUUGGUGGGACGAUAUUGACAUGAAGGAGCCAGGUUCUGAGGGCAAAUACGAAGCAGGCUUAGGGGAUCCAGCGACUGAUAGCCACAAUGAAGACCCAAAGGGGCAAGUUUUUUAUGACAGCACUCAAGAAGACAUGAAGAAUCCAGUUUCUGAUAGCAGUAAAGAGGAAGAUAUGAAGGAAACAGCCAACGACUCAUCUGGGGAGGAUGACUCUGACGAAGACACAGAUGACCCAUCCAUCCAUUCUCCACCAGCUACCACUGAGACGAUGACAUUCUACGAGGGGGGUGAGGCAAGCAAUGGGGAUGCUCCGUCCGUGUUAGAUGCCUCGGUUGACAAAACAUCAACGCCCGACACCUCUAUGAAUGAAACGACAGAUACCCCUCAGAUGCUAGAUCAUUAACCAAGAGGCCUUACAAAACUCAUUCAGAAUAAUUUAGAACUUUUAUUCCAGCAGACAAAAGAACGAGUCUUUGGAAUAUUUUGAAUUGUUCUUAGCCUGUUAAUUAUAAGUGUUCAAGAUGCAGAACAAUACUUUGUCAAACCUUGUUUUCUUGGUUUUGAAAUAUAAGAUGUUUUAGACAAUGCAGUUAGAUCUGAAAAACUGAAAUUACUUAAGAUGUCUAUAUUGAACAAAGUUUAAAAAAAAAAUGUUGGAUUAUAAAUUUGUGAUAUUAAAUUUACAAAUAUAUAUUUAGUGUAUAUAUGUUGGGGAAGGUUUACCAUAAGUAACAGGCAUGUUUGUAAUUUGAAUAAUGUACUGUAUUGUAUUCAGUGUUUCAUGAAAAAUGUAGGAAUCUAGUAUAAAAGUUUACUGAAAGUUCUUGCUACUUUUGAAUGGGAAACCUUAAUGCAAAAUUUAUAAAAGAUUUAAUAAUUGGUUUACCUUAAAACUUCAGUUGCAUAGAUGAAAAUAAAAUAUAAUUUUAUCAACAAGCUGGUUUGCUUCAAAUAUAUAAUUAAGCUUUGGUUCAAGAAAAAGUAUUUUGUACUGUAGAUGCUGCUAAUUUGGAUAGCUUCAUUACUUUGUGUUAGGAGUACCCUAAUAACUUUUCAUAUAUAUUAUCCUGCCUCAUACUAUCUAAUGAUAAUGAUGACCUUAUGUACCACAUGUUUUUGCUUUGGUAUGGUAGUAUUUUUGGAUAAUAGUCUUAUGUACUACAUUCUUGCUUUUGGUAUGGUAAGAUUUUCAAACUUUCAUACACCUGGAAUUAACUUGUAGGAAAACAAUUAAAUACAGUAUUUGCUUUAUGUGCCGUCACAGUUUUGAUUUGGAUGGUUUAUCGGUAGCAUUAUUUUAUUGUUGUAGGUUAAUGAGUGUGAAUUGUUCUUCCAGUUCCAAGUGCACCAGAGUGGUCAUUAUUAACCAACAGUAAAAAGAGGAGAGAUGAUCUAGAAAAGUUCAAAAAACAGCACAUGUGUUUUAAGUCAUUCUUUGGCAAUAAGGCAGUUUAUAUUUUAAAUUAUUUUUCUUUUUUCCUCAUUAAUCUAUUGAGAACAAAAUACAUAAUUUCUCUGUUCUAAAAUAUUUUCUCAAUUGUAAAUUAUUGGUUGGCUUUUUUAGAGAGAAUAUAAAGUGAAUCUAAGAUUUGGAUUUUUUUUAAUGGUCAGUAUGAGAAGUAUUAACAUUUUGUCUUGCAAAAAUUCUUUGUAGCUAUAUUUCUAGCUGAUACAUGGCAGUAAAACUAUAGGGCAAUACACUGAGUAGCUUUGAAGAUGGAAUUUUGUUACAGUAUCAAGCAUGAACCAGUAAGUUCAAUCCAUUAUAUAGAUAUCUCUUUUUAGAUCUGUAUAACAUGUCAGUGAUUAUAAAUUUUUUGAAUGCAAUUUUUCAAUUUAUAUGUUACAUAUCUAUAGCUGCAUUAUUCAUAUAUAUAUUCUCUUCACUCAUAUUCACAGCAUAGUAUUAGCUAAUAUUCAUAAAAUUAAUUCUGUAGUUAUGUAAGACAGAUUGUUUACUUCUACUAUUCAUUAUGCCUAGUGUAAAUGUAUGAAUUUGGCAAAUAUUUUUUAGUAUUGCAUAGUGUCACUGUUCAUAGCAAAGUAUCUUAUAGUAUUCAUGAACUGUUUCAGUAAGGGAUAAAUAUUCCAUUGAACCUACCUUGAUGUAAAUCCAAGGAAUAGCUUAUCAUAUGAUAUAAUAGAAUUGGAUGCAUUCCAUGUCAUACAUAUUUCACCUUAUUCACUGAUUCUGUACAUGUCACUGGGAAUGUAGUCAACACUACAUGUAUCAAGUACUAAAAGACAUUCAACACACUUAUGUUGAUGGUUACAAAUGAAUCUUAUCUUCAUGAGUGACAUUUAAAUUCUUCUGUUGGGCAGUGUGAUUGGUUUAUAAUCCAACAUUAUGAAAGACUAAGAAUGAUAAGAUGCAUAUUGCAUCAGGAAACACAAAUACUGUACGUAUAAAUCUGUAUUUUAGUCACUGGUGUGUUAAGUAAUUGGUAUGAGCACUUUUCUUUUAUAGUAAACUACAGCUUUGCCCUCUAUUAAGUGUACAUGGGUGAGUGUAUAUACAGAAUUAAAUUUUAAUUGUCACUUUGGUGAUGUAGAGAUUAUACAUUGUGUAGUAAUUUUCAGUCUCACAAUAAGUGCCCUCCAGAGUUUGUGCCUUGUGUGUGAAGUGAUAAAACAUUAUUAUGAUUCAACUUAUUGUUGCAUAAUGUAAUUCAGGAUUUUAUGUACCAAGUCUUCAGUAUGUAAUAUAUCACCACUAUUUUGACAUUCCAAUUUCCAACAUUCAGGAGAUAUGUGAUAGCACAGCUAACAGUUUAAAGAUUUUGGUUAAUCUUGGUGAUUAAAUUAUUAUUCGUGUAGAUACAAUUUCAUACAAAAAUAUAUUUAAGGUGAUACAGAUGGUGCCUUAUAAAGAGCUACUUAGAUAUGUUGAAAUUAAAUUUCAAACAGGCUUUUGGAGGUGAACUUUUAAAAUAUAAGAGUGAAGGAUAUUUGCAUUUAAUUCCCUCCAGUAUUGUCUUGGUCUCAUUUUAUGAAUUUCUCAAAAAGCCCUUUUUACCGGUAGCCUGUCAGAAUUUCACUAGGAAAACUUUGUUAACUUCUCACUGUAUGCUCGUGCCUCACAAGUGAAUCUAUUUAAUGUAUUGGAUACUUCUUUAUAAAGAUAACCAGGUAAAAUCCUGACUAAAAUACAUGUUUUACUAGCUUAAUUGCUUUUGUACAUGCAUUUUAAGAAACAUUACUUGGAUAUUGUAACUUGGUUGUUUUACUUAAUUGAUUAUUCUAGUAAAGCAUGUUCAUACAGCUGAUAUAUUGUAUAUUAAAUCAUAUAAUUGUUAAAAUUGUCUUCCAGGUUGGUCUGGGAUUAUAUUUCAUAAUUAAUUUGAUAAUAAAUGCUUCUCUCA